AUGGAAAAACAAGGCAAAGGGGGGAAUUGGAGGAGAAACAGCGUGAUAUGGCAAUGGAAGACUUGGCUGAUACUCAGUGUCUCAGAUGCCGACUUUGACAUCAUCAAAGACGCUCUAUACAAACACCAGGUCCUCGUCUUCAAGGCGCAGUAUGACGUAUCUCCAAAGGCACAAUACGAAAUCACACAGCGGUUCGAUCCCAAAGCGACGGCCUCAUACGGCCACGGCAAGACGCUCGACGCAAAACGAUCUAUCCUGCACCCUGAUCUCAAGACGAUCCCACACCAGCCACAAGUUCAAGUUAUUGGAAAUGGCUUCGUAGAGGAGUACGAAGGGCUGAAGAAUAUCCAGCUGCGACACCCACACCACAAGACGUUCCACGCCACGGUUAUACCUGAAAAAGACGACCUGGACUUCACCCGGUUCUACAGAUGGCACAUUGACGCCGCGCUGUACGGGCUGGCUCCUCCGGUGGCCACGACGCUCUUCGCGGACCGGGUUCCUCGCGGCCGCACGCAGACGAUUCGAUACGAAGAUUCGGGCGAACAAAUGACGGUGCCUCUGGGUACGACGGCGUUUGUGUCGGGCUACACAAUGUACGACCUCCUCUCGCCCGAAGAUAAGCAGUUCGUCCUCAACACAAAGGUCGAGUACGCACCGCAUCCCUACGUGUGGAUGAGCGGCGCAAAGUCCCGCUCGGACGGCCUGGGCCUCAUCUCGGAGGGCAAAGAAGUGCCGCUGGACAAGCUCCCCGAAAUCGAGCAAGACAAGAUCCAGGUCCUGCCCAUGUGCUGGCGCAACCCGCAGGACGACCGCCUGGCGCUGCAAAUCCACCCGUCGGCAAUCCGCAAGCUGCACCUGGGCGGCGGCAAAGUCGUCGACGACCUGCAGGAGGUGCGCGAGAUCGUCUACCGCCUGCAGCGGCCCGGCAUCGCGCCCGAGCUGGUGUACGCGCACGACUGGGAGGAGGGCGAUUUCGUCAUUUUCCACAACAGGAGUCUGAUUCACUCGGUCGUUGGAGCGUUUGCGGAGGACGAGGUGCGCCUCUUUCGUCAGUGCAACAUUGCGGGCAGCAGCUUGCCCGAGGGACCCAGAUACUUCUGA